UAUCGCACGUGACAGCUAUUGUUUUUCUGCAGAGAAAGAGGGAGGGUCUCGUUGUAGCUGAGCUAGCUGUUGUCCUGUAUUUCUGUAUUGUGCCUGGUAUCAAGCUGUGAAGAUACUGUAGCUCUGGAUUAUUAUCAACUAUAAGUUGGUCAAUGGAUAUCUAACUUCUGAUCAGUCUCUGCGAGUGAGAGUAAAAUCGCGUACUCGCAAGAUAAUUGGAAUCUCAUUAAAAAUACACGAGUAAUUUCAAACUUAAUCUAUACUCGUCUUUAAUACUUAAGCCUAAUCUGUCCUUUUUGUUGUGAUCGUGUUUUUCCUCUCCCUUCAAUCCCUCAACGAGAAGAGCAACCAAGAAUGGAUCUCACCCAGUUUCUAGAUUAUACCCCACUGUUUGUGAUAUUCAUAGUCACAGCACUAGCUGUAAUUAUCCUACGGGCGUGCCUGGCAAUACGGGGUAAGCAAGAACAGCCCCCUCUAAUUUCUUUCGAUGAUCAGUCAAAAAUGUCUGGAGGUGGUACCAAGGCGAGGUUUGGCAAAAAGAUAAACGAAGGAAAGGCCGAAAAACAGGGUGAUACCAGUACCAGGGCAACCCCCACAACACAAGAGGCGAAACCUUACUCGAAACCAGAGAUCACCACCACUGUCAGGAAACGAAAUGUUGUCGUCAAGGCUGCCCAGGAAUCUAAAGUUGACCAAAAUCACCAGAAGAUCAACGACAAUUUGACUGUUUUCCUAGAGGCGCCACUCGGUAAAGGUGCAUUUGGAGUAGUCUUCAAAGGCAGCUACAGGGAAGGGAUUUGUGCAGUCAAACUUCUAAUUUAUGAGGUUGUAGAAAUGCAGACAGGUUUCCCAACCGGAAAAAAAGAAGAAGCCAGCAAAGCAUUUGAUCGUGAGUGUGAUUUUCUCAAGUCGUUCCAGCACCCAAACGUUGUACAAUAUUUGUCGACUGCCAAGCACCCCAAAUCAGGUGGUACAAUCCUCGUUGUUGAGCUGAUGGAUUGCAAUCUGAGAUCCUAUUACUCUGGCCUUGAUAAAGAGUUCCUCACUAGCGAAUGUGAAAUAAGCCUCUCCAAAGACAUGGCUUGUGGUCUGGCCUACAUUCACAGCAAGCAGAUUAUCCACCGUGACCUCUGUGGCGAUAACGUUUUGCUGAAGCUUACACGACCAGUGCCUGUUGCAAAGAUUUCUGACUUUGGCAUGUCACGGCUAUACGAUCCCUCCAAGCUUAGCCACACCCUCACAGCCAUUGGUCACCGUAUGGGGUAUCUACCUCUCGAGGCUAUUCGAUUGGACAAGGAUAUUUACGAUAAUAGCUUGGAUGUGUUCUCUCUUGGGGCGAUUAUGAUGCAGAUUGUUUGCAAGCUGAAGACGAUCAAAUCUGUGGAAGAUCGAUCAUUCCAUGUUGCCCAGAUACCUCACACACACAGGUUGAGGAAGCUUAUCGACAGUUGUUUGCAAGAAGACAUGAGGAGGAGACCAUCUGCCAGGGACGUCUAUACUUACCUAACAACAAGCUCGGACCCAGUGGAGGCAACAAAGAAGGAGUCAAAGGACACUGAACAAGUCAAGAUGCCACACAGGGAACAGACUGAGCACAAAUAUGCUGAGCUGGUCAGGAGAGACGCCAUCAUUCAACAGCAGAGACAGGGUCCCCCUCCCAGAGAGUUGAGACCUCCACUCACUCUGGAAUGGAGAAAAGGAAAAGACAUGCCAAUCAAGAUGGGCUACUCGGUACAGAGUGUUGUUAUCGGUGACACGGUGUAUGUUGGUGGAGGUGAUGCAGGCGAUGAUCGUAAUAGCUGUACAGUGAUGAAGCUCGAGCAAGAUCAAUGGACCGAACUACCAGAGUACAUUGCCUACUGGUUCGCUAUGACAUCACUCGCUAAUCGACUAGUGCUGGUGGGAGGAGGAAUUGAUCCAAAAAACAAGAAACGCACCGAUGAGCUUGCAGUGUUUGAGUCAGGGGAAUGGAUUCACCCGUACCCACCUAUGAACAUUGCUCGUUCUUCCUCAACAGCUGUCUCCUUCAACAACCACAUCAUUGUAGCUGGUGGGCGUGAUGAUGAAGGACAUGCCCUCUCCUCUGUGGAGGUGUUGGAUGUGGCAUCAAGAAGAUGGUACAUUGCUCAGUCACUACCUAACCCACGAUCAGAACUGAAAUCAACUCUCAUAGGAAACACCCUCUACCUAAUGGGAGGGUACGAUCACAAUGGGAGUGCAACCACAACAGUGCAUCACGUCGACCUCGAUGAACUAAUUGCAAAAGCCCCUUCCCACCAGGACACAUCCACUCUCUGGCAGACCUUACAGGAAGUACCACUCGUGUGGUCAGCUCCUCUCAGUAUUGGGAAGUCACUAUUAGCCGUUGGUGGAGCGGACGACAGAGCCAACCUAAGUUCAUUGAUCCACCUCUACCAGCCUGACACCAGGAGGUGGGUGAAAGUGGGAGACCUGCCUACUGCACGAUAUUGCUGCACAUGCUCAGUACUUCCUAGUGGAGAGGUCAUUGUAGCCGGAGUACAGACAAAUUCACAUACUAAUGUUAUUACUCAAACCGUGGAUUUCUUCUCUAUAAAAUAAUGAUUAGUUAGUGUUUCUCUUUGUAGUGUUAAUGAUCUUGAUAUUUUUUAUCUGUGAGAAAGCUUUUCUAUUUGUUAAGUUGCAACAGAAUUUCAUCGUAGUUAAUAUGAAGUGGCAUGUAGACAUGCAGACAAAACGGUUUACAAACUGUUGAUUUCUUCUCUAUAAGUGCUAAUUAGUUAAUUAUUUUGUUAAUUGCUUCUCUUUAUAUUUGUGCGAUGAGUUUAUAACGAUAUUGAUAUUCUUUUAUCAUGUUGAGAAAUUAA